AUGGUGAACAUUUACCAAACCCUGGGGUUGGUUCUCAGUGCUGCAGCUUUCCUAGCUAAUGCAGCUACAAUUCCGUCGACGGAAGAACGUGCCGUCCGUAAGGUGAUUCCUGGCCCAGGAAUGCCUAGUUUGGAGUCACUUGGAGUCACCUCGGAAGAGUUGUAUCAACAGACUACCAGCACAGAGGCCUUCAAGGCCAUGGCAAGCUUAGCAACUCAGGGACAACCAAGCUGCCUCCUCGGGAGGUACUGCACAUACGAAGACGCCCUAGCCUGUCACCACUACCUUGCACGACUCGGUACUCAAAACUGUACCGUCGGCAGGACCAUUGUGAUAAUGGUUACCGCAGGGAAUUGUCGAUUUGAGGCCGUCAAUAUUGGUGGUAAUCCCUCAACGACUUCCCACUGCGUGGAUGUUGCAAUUGGGACCUCAUGGAUGUUCGCGCAUUGCCGUGUCGAAAACAGUAUAAAUGGUGCAAAUGCUGCAAAUGGCAACGGAGACCUCUUUGUGGUAAUCAAUCACAUUUAG